CGACACUAACCGCCACCUACAACUCAACACCAGCCCGUCCGUUGGGUAUAAAAGAGGGCCCCUGAGCCCGAGAACGGCAGUUCAUCCGCGGACGCGGUCCGGUGCACUCCUCUCCAAGCACCAACCUCCUAACUCUGGGAACUUCGUGCCACAUCUCGAAGCGCCUUAUACCGACAACAGCGGGUCCGCCAGUGGAUUUAAUCACACGACACACGAGUGCGGACGCCAGGUGAACAUUAAGAGCGAUCCAGUUCUUACCAACGAGGAUCUCUGCCUGAGGACAACUGCCACUGACAGCACCCUCGGAGUCACCGCUCUGAAACUAUCAUCACCGGAAAAAGAGUCCUUGCUAGCCGAGAGAGCUAGAGCCAUUCAGCUUAACCAUGAGGAGAUGCAGGCUGAACGCGAAAAAUCCGAGAAAAAACGCGAGCGUACAAUGCGCGAUUUAGAUUCGAUAAAGAUCUCCCUCGAGGAGAAGGAAAACGAAUUAUCCAGACGCGAAGUUUCUCCCCAUGACCACCCCCUAGAUCAAUCUGUAAUCGCGCCUCUCGAUGUUGUGCGCGAAUUAUCCAACCUGCGACGUGAUAUCGAAUCAUUAAGACCCAACACCUCUCGAUAUAAAACGGAUUCCCCUACAGCGUCCCCACAAAUUUCCACCCACGGAGGAGAACCACCACGCGUCUCAUUCAGAGAGGCGUUGGAAACAGUUCCCAACUUCGACGGUUAUAACAUCCCCCUAACCCAAUUCGCGCCCGCAUGCCGUCGAGCCAGGGACAUAAUACACCCCACGUCGGAGGGUAACCUUACGCACUUACUCGUCAACAAGCUCCGCGGUCGCGCCUAUUACGCUGUCGAAGACGAGCCCUGCCGCACCGUCACAGAAUUCUUAGACUUAUUGAAUAGGGCAUUUGGCUCACAUAAAACCAUAGAUCAAUAUAGGGGCGAACUGAGUACGAUUUUCCUGCGACCCCGCGAACACAUUCUCGAUUACAUAACGCGCGUCAAGGACCUCCGGACGUCAAUUUUAGAUGCAGAACGUCGGGAACAUGGGACCUUGGACGAGUAUGUGACACUUAACAUAGACGCUCUUACGGCUAGAUCCUUCUGCGAAGGGUUACCGCUGGAAUUCCGUAUACAGCUAAGCAGCGACGACUACAACAGGCCAUUCGAGGCCUUCGCCCACGUGAAAGAUCUAGCAAAGAGACGGGAAUUAGACCGCGAACGCUACGAGCAGCCGCGCCGUAAUGACAACCCCCUUCCUCGGGCAGACCUGCAUCCUAUAGGUAGGCCGCUCGCCCACUCCACCCCCUUGCGCCCACUACAAGACACGUAUAAUAACUACAGGCCGCCAAAUAAUCCGCGCACAGCAUGGGAACAGAGAUAUCCAUCGCAAAAUGAUAGAUUUAAUAACCAUGCGCGUUAUAGUUACUAUACCAGCCCCAAUAACCAACGAAUCGAGUAG